AUGGCACGCGCAAAACAUCACCCACCACCUCAGCCUAAGGCUCUAGAACCUUUGCCGCCAAACACACAAGCUAUCCUCCGCUCAGGCGUUGAAGCAGUUGCAUAUCAUAUCCCGGUUGUGCCACCUUCUCCUACCGAUUCUCUUCUGAAGACUACCAUUGCGCUUCCUCGCCGCUCAAGUUGGACAUCUGGGCUGCAUUUCCAUACUGGGCACACUGAACACCUUCGCUUGAUUAAGGGUUCUAUCUUUGUUUAUCUGGACGGCGACCUGAGGAUCAUUAGCGCGAAGGCGGGUGGAGAAGUAUCGUCCAAAACGGGAGAGAUAUUAAAGAGUGGUUUAGAGAUUAUAGUCGACAAAUAUGUGCGGCACGACUGGGGCCGCGCAGAUGAGUAUUUGUACUCGAGAUGGUCUGGUAGGGGGCUUCACGGGAACAUCUUGUAUGCAGAAGACAGUUAUGAAGAAGUCGUCGUCGAGGAAUGGACCGACCCUGCGGACAUGACUAAGCCACUCUUUUUUUGGAAUCUGAACGCCGUCAUUACUGCACCUCAAAAUAAACCGCUGUCGGCGAGUCAAAAUCUUAUUAAAUUAGCCCUCGGUAGCUGGUGGAUUCCUUUCCAACUCUCCAUCAUCUUUUGGGAUCUGGAUAAUUGGCCUAUUCUACUGGACCUCAGGCUUUUGGCGUCGCCAUAUCUGGGAGAGAAGGUGGGGACUUGCUUUGAACGUCUAUCAGAAUACCUCAUGACUUUUGUCGUUCUAUUUGCUGCAAAGGAGUUGGGCAGAUUCACGGGCAUACAGUCAGUAUCAAAAGAGCGAACACCAAAAGAUCUCUGGCAUGUCUACAAGAAAAGCUAG